ACCUCUCACUGCUCCAGGAGGACCUGCCUGAGGACGCGGACGGACCCCUGGACUUCGUCUCACAAGAUGAAAUGUUGACACCACUGGGGAGACUGGACAAGUAUGCUGCAAGUGAGAACGUAUUUAACAGACAAAUGGUGGCCCGGAGUUUGCUGGAUACACUGAGGGAGGUCUGCGAUGAUGAAAGAGAUUGUAUUGCUGUUUUGGAAAGAAUUAGCAGAUUAGCUGAUGAUUCAGAACCAACCGUGAGAGCAGAGCUGAUGGAACAGGUGCCGCAUAUUGCACUGUUUUGUCAAGAAAAUCGGCCUUCGAUACCAUAUGCUUUUUCCAAAUACUUACUACCUAUUGUGGUGAGAUAUCUUGCAGAUCAGAAUAAUCAGGUGAGGAAAACAAGCCAGGCAGCGUUGCUGGCUCUGCUGGAGCAGGAGCUGAUUGAGCGAUUUGAUGUGGAAACAAAAGUGUGUCCCGUCCUCGUAGAGCUGACUGCCCCAGACAGCAAUGAUGAUGUGAAGACAGAAGCAGUGGCUAUAAUGUGCAAGAUGGCUCCCAUGGUUGGAAAGGAUAUUACAGAGCGUCUUAUCCUCCCUAGGUUUUGCGAGAUGUGCUGUGACUGUAGAAUGUUUCAUGUUCGAAAGGUCUGUGCUGCCAAUUUUGGAGACAUUUGCAGUGUAGUUGGCCAGCAAGCUACUGAGGAGAUGUUGUUGCCCAGGUUUUUCCAGCUGUGUUCUGAUAAUGUGUGGGGAGUACGAAAGGCCUGUGCCGAGUGCUUCAUGGCUGUUUCGUGUGCCACGUGUCAAGAAAUCCGACGGACAAAGUUAUCUUCACUAUUUAUUAACUUGAUCAGUGAUCCUUCACGUUGGGUUCGCCAAGCAGCUUUUCAGUCUCUGGGGCCUUUCAUAUCUACUUUUGCUAAUCCAUCUAGCUCAGGCCAGUAUUUUAAAGAUGAAAGCAAAAGUUCAGAAGAUUUAACAGCAGAAGACAAAAAUAGGAUCAAAGAGAAUGACAUCACAGAAGAAGGGCAGAUCAGACAGGAGGAUGUUCCUUCAGACCUCUGUGUCCCUCAUUCCAGUGCCAGACUGGAAAUCACAGCUCAAGACUGUGCUGCUGCGACAUCUGGGAACUCUCCAGGUGACCUGAGUGUUCCUGUGGACAACUCCUUCCUCUGUACUUUGUCCUCAGAGUCUCCUCAGGAAGCAGCUAGUGAUGAGAAUGAUAAAAAGCCUGCUAACUACAAAUCUGCAUUCCGACCAGAGCUUGGCACCAGCUCCUCAGAUUCCACUCUUUUAGAUCAGGAACUGUUCAACUCCUUCCAUUUCUGGAGGACUCCACUUCCCGAAAUAGAUCUUGAUAUAGAGCUUGAACAGUACUCUGGGGAGAAACUCAGCCCAGAGGGACCAGGAGAAGCUCCUGGAGUCCCUGUGCCAAGUUUUCCUAAUAUCACCAUGGCCACCCGGAAGGAACUGGAAGAAAUGAUAGAGAACCUAGAGCCACACAUUGAUGACCCAGAUGUUAAAGCACAGGUGGAGGUGCUGUCAGCUGCGCUGCGUGCUUCCAGCCUGGAUGCACACGAAGAGGCCAGCAGCAUACAGCAGCAGAGUGAGCUGCAAGAUGAGCUGGGUAUAAAUGAGCCACCAGAUUGUAACAAUCAAGAAGAUGCUGUGCCUUUGAUCAGCACUGCUAUUGAGAAUAUGAAUGCCACUCCUCACUAUGUCCACGGAGACGCGGAUGUGAGCACUGGAGUCGCAGAUAUGAGCACCAGUGGUGCCUUCAGCCCUGAUGAGGAGAGGAGACCUAAGGUGCAAGAUGUCGUACCACAAGCUUUAUUAGAUCAGUACCUGUCGAUGACAGAUCCCUCUCGAGCACAGACAGUUGACACUGAAAUUGCUAAGCACUGUGCAUACAGCCUGCCCGGUGUGGCUCUGACACUCGGCAGGCAGAAUUGGCACUGCCUGAGAGAGACUUAUGAGACUCUGGCAUCAGACAUGCAGUGGAAAGUUCGAAGAACUUUGGCAUUCUCCAUCCAUGAGCUUGCAGUUAUUCUUGGAGAUCAGUUGACAGCUGCAGAUCUGGUUCCAAUUUUUAAUGGAUUUUUAAAAGACCUGGAUGAAGUCAGGAUAGGUGUUCUUAAACACUUGCAUGAUUUUCUAAAGCUUCUUCAUAUUGACAAAAGAAGAGAAUAUCUUUAUCAACUUCAGGAGUUUUUGGUGACAGAUAAUAGUAGAAAUUGGCGCUUUCGAGCUGAACUAGCUGAACAGCUGAUUUUACUUCUAGAAUUAUAUAGUCCCAGAGAUGUUUAUGAUUAUUUACGUCCCAUUGCUCUGAACCUGUGUGCAGACAAAGUUUCCUCUGUUCGUUGGAUUUCCUACAAGUUGGUCAGCGAAAUGGUGAAGAAGCUUCACACAGCAACACCCCCGACCUUUGGAGUAGACCUCAUCAAUGAGCUAGUGGAGAACUUUGGCAGGUGUCCCAAGUGGUCUGGUCGGCAAGCCUUUGUCUUCGUCUGCCAGACUGUCAUUGAGGACGACUGCCUCCCCAUGGACCAGUUUGCUGUGCAUCUGAUGCCACAUUUGCUGACCUUGGCAAAUGACAGAGUACCAAACGUUAGAGUGCUGCUUGCAAAAACAUUAAGACAAACUCUACUAGAAAAAGAAUACUUCUUAGCCUCUGCUAGCUGUCAUCAGGAGGCAGUGGAACAGACCAUCAUGGCCCUUCAGAUGGAUCGAGACAGUGACGUCAAGUAUUUUGCAAGCAUCCACCCCUCCAGUACCAAAAUCUCUGAAGAUGCAAUGAGCACUGCUUCCUCAACCUAUUAGAAAACCCGAACCGUGGUGUCCUUCCUGCUUCCACAAGAGCCAAGGUUUAAGCGCCCUUCACCAGCCUGGGACAGUUGUCGGGGGGAACCUUCCUCUUGCAGCCUCAGUAACAGGUGCAAGUUUGCUUGCUCCCAAUACCACGGGUUUUAAGAGUCAAGAGAAAGUACAGUAAAACACUAUUAUCUUAUCUUGACUUAAGGGAAAGUAAUUUCUCAGAGGAUUAUAAUUGUCACCAAAGCCUUAACUCGCUUUCAUCUUCCUGACUGAAUGAAACUUGAAUUGUCAGAGCAUUUUCCUUCUGAAAGGAUGAGGUGCCCAGAGACCUGCAUUGCUUUCUCCUCGUUUUAUUUAACGACUGAUAAAUGACAUUCUUUUGGCCAGAAGGCGGCUAUGCACCGGAUAUGAAAGACCUUCAGUAUUAGCCUAAGCAUUUCUUCCAGGCGCAGAGCCUGUUCAGCUCCAUGGCCAUGCAGCCCAGCCCUAAGUGUGAAUAGUUCUUGGCGUGUAUAAGUGGAAAAGGAGAUUUUUUUUUUCUCCUAAGGGCUUGAUGUUAACACUAAAAUAGAAUCUGAUUUUAACUCCUAAAUGCAGCAUAUUGCUGUACACAUUUACAGAAUGUUUGCUGAAUAUCUCUCUCCUGAUUUUUUUCAUGCUGGUCAUGACCUGAAGGAAAUUUCUUAGCACGAAUAUUGUAUGUCAGGUGUUUUUAACUUGAUCAUGGUCAGCUCUGAGGUGCAACUUUUAAUCCCAUGCUGUACAUACCUGUGACCACUCUGGGAGUGUGCAGUCUUUAAUCAUGUUGUUAGAACUGUCGUGGCACAAGUUCUCUUGUCCAAAUAAAAUUUAUUAAUAAGAUCUAUAAA